CAUCACUUUCGCUGUCGUUGAACCCCUUCCUGCACUCCGACCUGCAUUCGCUCAGGCACUGGGAGAUAACAAUAUUGCACCAAUUUAACCUUGUCUUAUCUCUCUCCACCCCGGGAGCCUUGACCAAGAUUAUACUUGGUUGAAUAUAUAGCACCCAGCACGCGAGUGCAUCACCCCCGGAUCACACCACUGUUUCGACCUCUUGACCAUCCCCACAGACGGAGACACUCAGUGACGCAAUAGUUGGAGACAAGAUGGGAUUUCUGGUUUCUUUUGUUUGAAUACAUAUACUGUUUUAAAUACAGUAUCGACAUUCGUUCACGACGACAAGAUGGCACCGUUGAGGAGAGCGCCACCAGCCGUACCGAGCAGGGAGGGUAGUGCAGAGGACGUUGGAGAUUAUCAAGCUGGAAGAAGUUCUUCGAGUCUUGGGGCCGAACGAAACUCUUCAGAAAUACGAUCGACGUCCUCGAAUUCAGUCAUACAGCGAGCCAGCGCAGAAUCAUUACCACAGAAGAUUAUUUCGAGCACUUCUAACACCGAAAAUGCGUUUGCAAUCCCAAGUCGGAGGACAUCAUACGUUCCUGCCGUUCCUUCGCCAUUGAACCCUUCGUCGUCGCAGUCUUCGGCUUCCUCAAUUAGCAGCAGUGAUGAAAUUGCUGUGGCCGAAGGGGAUAUUUCUCCAAUUGAGUCCUCAGCCUCUGGAGAUGUCUCCCGCAGCCGACAAUUGGGAAGGAAAAGUAGCAGCAAUUUAAGUCCUCCUCAGGCCUUCCUACGCCAAAAAUCCGCCUCAACAUUACUCAGGCCAUCGACGCCAGAAACACCCAAAAGAUUGAACGAUCUCGGCCGGGACUACAGUCGCUAUCCAUCGAGUCCAGAUCUUCGAUCGAAUUCGAGACCACCGGGCUCGAAAUCCAGAGUGGCAGUAAACACAGCACCUCUACUACGAACAACAACCACCAAUCCUUUCAACGAUUCCCAGGCCGACCUUGAGAAGUGGGGUUAUCCAGACGACAGCAUUGCAGCAUUUCAACCCUACCAUGGCGGAGAGAAGGGAUUCAUUCUUUACGCAGACGAAAUCGAAGCUGACGACAACAUGCACAUGCCACGAGACGACGACGACAUUGUAUAUAAACCGAAACUCUCCGAAUAUUUCAACAGGAAACAAAUCAUUUCGACCAUUGGAGGAAUCUUCCUACUCUUGGGGCUUCUCUGCGUUUUCAUUGUCUUGCCCGUUUUGACAUUCUCAACGCAUCUCCUCACACCUACUGGCAAGUACGUAGUUGAUGAUGGUCCCGCUUGGGCCCACGUGAACAAUAAUUCCUAUGCUCUGUUGAAUAAUGUCCGCCGAGGCGGUAAGUUGAACUUCCUUCGUGAUCAUUUCUGGCAUUUUAGCUAAACUAUGUUUAAGUAAUCGAUCCGGACACACCUCUGACUGCCAAGACGAGAACAAGCACUUUCGAUGGAUCCACUCUGAGUCUGGUUUUCAGUGACGAGUUCAACGAUGACAAUAGGACCUUUUAUCCUGGAGAUGAUCCAU